GAAUUUCAACCAUUUCACUGAGUUUUUGACCUUUCGCUUACAAAACAAAAAGUUUGCACCUUUUUGAACCAUUUCACUCCCUCUGUCUUCGAAAUGGCCGGUGAAGGACAAAGCGGCAACCACUUCAAAUCAUGGCAGGAAGAGAUUUACUGGACCCAUUUCCAGUUCAUCCAUUUCACUCAAUUUCUUCACAACGAUUUUCAGCAACAACUUGCACUUCCCAAAACAUUUUCAGACAACUUAAAGAAGAAGUUGCCGGAAAAUGUUACCCUUAAAGGUCCUAGUGGAGUUUUGUGGAAUAUAGGGCUGGUAAUUAGAGAUGAUUCUGUUUACUUCGAGAACGGUUGGGAACGAUUUGUGAAGGAUCACUCUUUGAAAGAGAAUGAUUUCCUUGUCUUUAAGUACAAUGGUGAAUCACUCUUUGAGGUUUUAGUCUUUGAUGGAAACAGUUUCUGUGAGAAGGCAACUUCUUACUUUGUUGGCAAAUGCGGACCUGCUCAAGCUGAACAAGGUGGUACCAAGGCAAAGGACAACAACAAUUCUGUUGAAGAAGUCAAUACUGCUUCUAAUGGUGGUGUUGAAUGUGGUUCCUCUGAGAAAUUUCGGCGUCUUAAGAAAGUAGGAACGCCAUUAGCUGUACCUUUUGAAACUGCCAAUGGAAAGACUUCCAAUGCUGGUGUAAGAACUGAUUCCCCUGAACUGUUCCCGGCAGAUGCAGUCACUAAGACUACACCUCUAGUAGUUCCCUUCCAAUCAGCUGGAAAAAGGAUCAAGAAGCCUGUUAAUGAAAUUUCGCCUGGCCCUACUAAGAAGCGAGGAAGACCACCAAAAGUCGAUAAUUCUUCUGAGACAAUACGCGAUUUGGUGGCUUAUAGCAAGGAACAUUCAGACAACACAGAGAGAAGGUUCCCAUGCCCCUUCACGACGUUGAUCCGCCACCUGAACCUGUACCUGUUGAACCACGACAUUCUGUUAGAACAUUUCGAGCACCAGAUAGAUAUUCACCAGACAGAUAGCAAGGGAAAAGAUGUUGAUGCUUAUGAUGAAAUUCAAGGAGGAACCUGAACCCGUCCAGGUUAUGAAUUCUCAGAUGAAGGUUAUGUUCAUGUAGAAUAGUUAAUGCUAUCUGUUUUUUUACCAUCUUGACUAGUGAUAUUAUGGAAACAAAACCUUUUGGAAUUAGGACAUAUAUACAAGUCCUCAUCAAACUAUUGUUGCAAAUAUGUAACCUAUGAUUCUCUCUAGAUUGGUGGCUUAUUUCUAAGUAGUGCAAAGGAGAUGGUCACAAACUCCUUCAAUUUUCAAAUAGCUUAUGUGAUUGCCAUCUUUUGAAAACAAUAUAUUAAUAUUGGCUAGUUGAUAUACUUCAUUAUGAAAUGUGUUGUUAUAUUUAGUUUUA